CUGGCGGCGGCUGAGGGUCGCGCGGGCGUUUGCUGUGGGCCGCUCGGGGCCGGCUUCCAGAACGGCUGGCCUGGUGACUGCGGGAAGCGGGCUCCUCUGGACACCGCGGCCGGGUGCAGCUUUCAGCUUAUUUUCAUCAUUGGAGCUACAGUUGUUAAAAUGGAAGAAGUUGAUACUUUCAAAACACCAAGUAAAUUACUUGAAAGAAGAAAAUCUGCAUUAUGUUCAACUCCAUCUUUUACGAUUCCUGCCUCUCCAUUUAUGCAGAAGCUUGGUUUUGGUACUGGGGUCAGUGUUUACCUUAUGAAAAGAUCUCCAAGAGGUUUGUCUCAUUCCCCCUGGGCUGUGAAAAAGAUUAAUCCUAUCUGUGAUGAUCAUUAUCGAAGUGUAUAUCAAAAGAGACUAACUGAUGAAGCUAAGAUUUUGAAAAGCCUUCAUCAUCCAAACAUUAUCGGUUAUCGUGCUUUCACCGAAGCCAGUGAUGGCAGUCUGUGUCUUGCUAUGGAGUAUGGAGGGGAGAAGUCUCUCAAUGACCUAAUAGAAGAACGAAACAGCGACUGCCAAAAGCCGUUUCCAGCAGCUGUAAUUCUAAAAGUUGCUUUGAAUAUGGCAAGAGGAUUAAAGUAUCUUCACCAAGAAAAGAAACUUCUUCAUGGAGACAUAAAGUCUUGCAAUGUUGUAAUUAAAGGUGAUUUUGAAACAAUUAAAAUUUGUGACGUAGGAGUCUCUCUACCAUUGGAUGAAAAUAUGACUGUGGCUGACCCUGAGGCCUGUUACAUUGGCACUGAGCCAUGGAAACCCAAGGAGGCUUUGGAAGAAAAUGGUAUUAUUACUGACAAGGCAGACAUAUUUGCCUUUGGUCUUACUCUAUGGGAAAUGAUGACUUUAUCUAUUCCACACAUUAAUCUUGCAGAUGAUGAUGAUGAAGAUAAAACUUUCGAUGAGAGCGACUUUGAUGAUGAGGCAUACUAUGCAGCUCUGGGAACCAGGCCACCUAUUAAUAUGGAAGAAUUGGAUGGAUCGUACCAGAAAGUCAUUGAGCUUUUCUCUGUAUGCACUAAUGAAGACCCUAAGGAUCGUCCUUCUGCUGCACACAUUGUUGAAGCAUUGGAAUUAGAUAUGUAGUGAUGACCUCAUUUUCGUGACCUUGGCACGUAGCUUUGCUUGUGUACAUAAUUCUUUGAUUUUUUUUAUAGUUUCUUUGAUGUUAUUAAACCAUGAAAGUAGGCCGUUUUAAGGACCAUAACACUUUAAAAAAUUGGACAACUAU